AGCUAUCUUCACUGGCCUCGAGCACAAAAUGCUGUGGCCGAGCGAAUGAGAGGAAGAUGGCUGCUACCAGCCUCAGCUCCUCGUUGCCCAGGGCCACUGCAAAACUAACAGGAGUGCCAAGAUCUUCGUCGUACUACACCCAGCUGAUCUUUUGCUCGAGGCAUCCUUUCCAGAAGGCGGCGGCAGCUGCAGCUUUCCAGAAGCUCCCACCCGAGCUCCUCCGGCUAAGCUACCCGGCGAGGAAUAAUAAGCAUGCAAGAACCAGCUGGCGGCGGGCCACGGACAACGACCAAGCGGCGCCGGCCGCGGCACAAGGAACUACCAGCACCCCUCCUCUCCCAGGCUCUCCCGUUCCGAGCGCCGAGAGAUCCCCGGUGACGCCCGGCAACGGCCAGCCGCAGCAGCCGGUCGCCGACGCCAACGGCAGCGCGCCGAGCGAGCCGCCGAAGCGGGCGCCGCUGACGGCGCGGGAGCGGCUGCGGGCGGCGCGCGUGCUGGGGAAGUACGCAGAGCCGUCGGUGAAAGGGUCUUCGUCGAAACCGGCCAAACCGGAGUUCGGGAGCGGUGUGCUGGACGCGCUGCGCGAGGCGGACGCGAAGAAGGCCGGGGGCGGGGGCGGGGGCGGGCGGCGUGGGUCGCGCCUACCCGAGGCGCCGGGCAACCUGUUCGACGACAGCAAGCGCGGGAUGCCCAAGGACGGGUGGACGUUCGAGCUGCCGUUCGGGGUGGACGUCUUCCUCGUCCUCGUCUCCUUCACGCUCAUCACCACCAUCAUGUUCGGCACCGCCUUCCUCGUGUGGAAGCUCGGCGCCAUACACUUCAACGAGUACUAGCCUUUAGACUGUCUCUACUUGAUUGGAGGAUAAAGGGCGAUUAUGCAGUGCUAGACGAGAGAAUUGUGUGUAUUCGUAAUGUACUGUAUUGACCACAGACACUGGUCUGCCGAAGAUUUUCGAG